UGGAAGUUGUCUGUGAGUUCUCUCUCCCUUCUAACUCAGCAUUCGCUUCUUAGGCACUCACUGAAACCUUGCCUCCCCUCCUGCUUGGGAUACAGGGGAGAUCUAUGAAGAUGGCGCGGGGAGACCUCCCGCUCACCCUGCUGCACCUCUUUCUUCUUCUAGGGGGUGGCACAGCACAACAGCAGGGGCAAAUUCCCAUCAAAGUCCCCCCACAACCGGGCACUGGAACUGAUACCGAAAUCACCUUCCCCGAUAUUGAGAGGACUUCAUCUUACCAAGACUGUCCAGUGGAUAUCUUCUUUGUUUUGGAUACAUCUGAAAGUGUUGCUCUCCGUGUGAAACCAUUCAAGGCUCUCGUGACUCAAGUCAAGGAUUUUACCAACAGAUUCAUAGAUAAACUCACAACAAGGUAUUAUCGAUGUGACCGCCACCUUGUAUGGAAUGCUGGAGCCCUCCACUACAGUGAUGAAAUCGUUCUAAUUAAGGGUCUAACCAGUCUGCCCAAGGACCGUGAUGAACUGAAAAGUAGAGUGGAUCAAGUUGAGUACCUUGGUAAAGGAACCCAUACUGACUGCGCCAUCAAAAGAGGCAUUGAAGAGGUCUUAAUUGGAGGAUCCCACCAGAGAGAGAACAAGUAUCUGAUUGUGGUAACAGAUGGUCAUCCAUUGGAAGGGUAUAAAGAGCCAUGUGGAGGUCUAGAAGAUGCAGCAAAUGAAGCAAAACACUUGGGCAUCAAAGUCUUCUCUGUUGCCAUUUCACCAAAUCACCUGGAAUCACGUCUCAAUGUUAUUGCCACGGAUCCAAAUUACCGUAAAAAUUUCACAGCCACCAGUGCCAUUGGUUUGUCCAGUGAGGAGAUCGAUAACACAAUUGAUUCUAUUAUUGACACUAUUAAAGCUAAUGGUGAACAUGGGUGCUGCUCUUAUGAGUGUCAGCCUCGCCGUGGAGAACAUGGGCCACCUGGUCCACCAGGCUAUGAGGGAGAGACUGGAAAAACAGGACUUCCUGGUGAUCGUGGACCCCCUGGUGACCCUGGUCGUGCUGGAGACAUUGGUCCUGUAGGUUAUCAGGGAAUGAAGGGUGACCUAGGUGUCAGAGGAGAAAAGGGUGCAAGAGGAGCAAAAGGAUCAAAGGGUGAUAAAGGCAAAAGAGGAAUUGAUGGCAUUGAUGGACAUAAGGGAGAAGAUGGAGAAUCUGGUUUUCCUGGGUGCAAAGGAUCACCGGGUUUUGAGGGGGAGUCUGGACCCGCUGGUCCAAAAGGAGAUGCCGGAUCAUACGGAGCAAAAGGAGGAAAAGGAGAACCUGGAUUAUCUGGUGGUGCAGGAAAACCUGGUAGCACGGGAAAUAUAGGUGAAAAGGGAGAUCCUGGACCAAACGGCCCACCGGGAGAAAAAGGAGAAUCUGGUGAUGAUGGUGAUGCUGGACAAGAUGGACCUGCAGGCGAAAGGGGAGGUGCAGGAGAGCGAGGUCCACCAGGGGUGUCUGGAGUCCGAGGACUUAGAGGAGACAAGGGUGAUCCUGGACAGGCAGGAGAUCAAGGACGAGAUGGGCCUGCUGGGCCUAUUGGAGAUCCAGGCGAAUCAGGGCCAGAAGGAGCCAAAGGCUACAGAGGAGAUGAAGGACCCAGUGGUCCUGAGGGAACAAAAGGACUAAGAGGAGCUAAAGGACUACCCGGAGAGCAAGGACUAGCAGGCGAGAGGGGAGAUGAUGGCCCCCAAGGAAAUGGUACCGAUGGAUUCCAAGGGUUCCAAGGUUACCCCGGAGGUAGAGGCGAUCAAGGAACUAAUGGAACAAAGGGAUAUCCUGGACCAAAAGGAGAUGAAGGAGAUCCUGGAGAUCCUGGUGAUGAUAGUCCAGAUAAAGGUCCUGAUGGGCCCAAUGGACAAAAGGGUUACAGAGGACCAGAAGGACCAUCGGGACCUCCAGGACCUCCAGGCCCACCAGGCCCAGAUGAGUGUGAAAUUCUGGACAUUAUCAUGAAGAUGUGCUCUUGCUGUGACUGCGUAUGUGGUCCUAUUGAUGUACUUUUCGUACUUGACAGUUCUGAAAGUAUUGGUAACACCAAUUUCCAGCUAGCAAAAGAAUUUAUAAUAAAGGUUAUUGAUCGUUUGAGCAGGGACGAACAUGUCAAGUUUGACUCUGGAGAAUCCCGAGUUGGAGUGGUGCAGUACAGCCAUGGAGACACCCAGGAAUCUGUAGCCAUGGGAGAUGCCAAUAUCCAGACUAUUGGGCAGCUGAAAGAGGCGAUUAAGAAAUUGGGCUGGAUAGCCGGUGGUACCUGGACUGGAGAGGCACUUGCUUUCACUAAAGAUAACCUACUAAAGAAGUUUGCAUCAGACAAGAGAGUAGCACUUGUUUUGACAGAUGGCCACUCUGAUAUCCUGAGGGACAAGACACCACUGAACACAUUGUGCGAGGUUGCUCCGGUUGUGUCUUUGGGAGUUGGGGACAUCUUCCAGUCUGCUGCAAACCCUGAUCAGCUGGGUGAGAUUGCAUGUGGAGGAGCAUCAAAAACCCCAGGACUGUCUCUACAGAAGGCCAGCUAUACGGAACUGCUUGAUGAUGGCUUCCUGCACAAUUUGACUGCUCAUAUUUGUAAAGAUAAGAAGUGUCCUGAUUACACUUGUGCCAUAUCAUUUGAUGUUCCUGCCGACAUCACUCUACUUGUGGACAGCUCUGCAAGUGUUGGCAGCCGAAACUUUGAAAUAAGCAAAAGCUUUGUGAAGCGACUGGCACAACGUUUCCUAGAGGCUAAAAGUCCUGCAUUUGACUCUGUGAGACUAUCUGUGUUACAGUACAGUGGGCGUACUGAUCAGAAGGUUGAGCUGCAAUUUGUUUCCAACUAUACAGAAGCAGUGAUUGGAAUAGACAGUAUGAAGUUUAUAAAUGGAGGCACAGAUGUGGGAGCAGCAUUGCGUUCAGUCACAGAACUAUAUCGUGAAGUUGGUGAACCAGGGUCAUCUAAGAAGGUGUUGCUCUUCUCCGAUGGAAACACACAAUCAGAGGGAACACUUCUACAGGCUGUAAGAGAUGCCCGGGCAGCUGGCCUUGAGGUUUCGAUUCUGGCAAUAGGAAACCGACCUCACGAGGACAAUCUAAGAAUACUGCUAACGGGUGCUCCUGCUGAUUCCAAGAUUGCCAUAAAUGAGAGGAGCCUAUUCCGUGUUCCUGAUUAUGCUUCUCUACUCAAAGGUGUUUUGUACAAGACCGUGAGCCGUCGAGUGUCUCUCAAACCCCAGUAAACUAACAGCACCCCUACAAUUAACAAAACAGGCAAGAGUUGUACCUCAGCCACAUGCACUGUGGUCUCAGAAUAUAAUGAAGGGGUAUGACUUACCCUGCAGAUUGUUAUUUUGCCUAGUCCAUCAAAGCCCCUCUCAUACCUUUUACUGGAUUUUAAAAUGACCUAACUUGUACAUUCAACUCAGCCUUGCAUAAGAAAUGUCUAUAUUUUUAAUAGCUUUUAUCCUUCUGGUCUUGAAUAUCUCAGGGUCCCUAGAUGUUUGAAGAACAGUGUCAUUUUAAUAUUGGUUCCCGCAGGUUUAUUCUGCCCAUUGGCAAACUCUGCUUUUAAAGGGUAUGAGAGGUGUCAAUAAAUUGUGUGUAUAUAUGAUGUUACAUGUAUGUAUACUGUAAAUUCAGAUAUACACACAGCAUCAAGUUUAUUGAAAUGUUUACCAGCACUUGAGUUUUGCCCUAGUAAAUUUCCCCACAAAUUUUAUUCUAUACAGAAUCAUCCAGGGAUAGCCUACACAUUCUAUAUGCCUAUAUGCUUUAGACCAAAAUGAUGGAAACAUACUCUUAAAAAUGCACUCUGGGGUCACUGUCUAUCAAAUAAAAUAUAAGAAAGCUGAAACAUUUGCUCUCAUUAGAGCCUGCAGAAAACAUUUACGACCAGUCCCCAAGAAUACCUUAGGACAUUUAGAACAUUACUAGUUUAUAUACUACUUACAUAGAGAGAACCACUGCAACCUUAUAUUUUAUGAUCUGCAACUGUAUGUACAGUUGUGUAUGACUAAAGUGCACUUAUCACAUGCAUCAAUUUUACAAUAAAUUAGUCAACAUCUAGGUAUUGCACAUUAUGGGGUCAAUUUACCAAAAGCAAAUAGACUGUGCACUUUUCACGUGCAGAUGCUUCAGAGCUCAGUAAAUUAGAUAAAGCUCCACUCUGCAAAGAAUACCCAAUCACGGAAAUGCAAGGAAAAAAACCUGCUUUUUUGCAUGUACAUUAUAGGAUGAUGGACGUCAGCAGAGCUUCCCCUCAUUUACUAAGCUCUGGAGGAACAGCACUUUAAAAAGUGCAGUCUAUUUGCCUUUAGUAAAUUAAUACCUGUGAUUUUCUUUUGUCAGUCACAUCACAGCUUUCUCAGAUUUGGGUUCAAUCCACAAAAUGGCAACCUGCACUGUAGGUUAACGAGGUAGGUGAGGGGAUUCUUAGCAAAUUCAAUAGAGUGCUAAGAAGGUACACAUAAGAAGAAAAUAGUUGGCUGAUUAGGAAGCACUUUAUAUACAAAAUAUUAUGAUAUAGUGGUCAACAUCAAUCAGAAAAUGGAACUUCAAGAAAGGAAAUACCAUGUAAAUGUUCUCUUUAUAUCCAGAUUUGGAAUAGUUCCAAUGACAGAAGAGUUUGUGCAGGUUGAAUGUUCCUUAAGUUUCAAGCAUUACAGAAAUAAAAUCUUUCUACAAAUCUCCUUACAAUGAAAUGUCUUCAGCAUUUUAUCUAGAGCUUUUUGGUAAACCACUUGCCAAAUAUAGGUUGCCCAAAUAUAGAAGUUGUUUAGCUAUUUCAUGAAGACCUAAAGUUAAUACUCGAUAAUUAUGAGAAACUAAACUCUAAAUAAAAGUGAAUCUGCAGGAAUAAAAGUACGGUAAUGCUAAUGCAGAUAUAAGCCACAAGUUUAAUCUUCUACAAGUGGAUUUACUAAAACUGGUGCACACAGAAUCUGGUGCAGAAGAGCAUGGUCUCUAAUCAGCUUCUAGGUUUUAUUGUCAAUGCUUAAUUGAACAAGUUGAAAGUGGAAGCUGAUUGGUUACUAUGCAUAGCUGUACCAACUUCUGUUGAUCCCCAGUUUUAGUAAAUCGCCCCCUUAGUUUCCAUCAGACUCCAGGGAAACAAGAAGAGCCCGCUGACAGGGACCAUUGUGUUUUUUUUACUUUUUACUUUGAGAGAAUUGUGUAAUUUACAAUUUAGAUGAUGAAGUCUCAAAAAACACUUUUCUGCACUUCCAUUGAAAAUGUGUGCACAAAGACUACCAAGCCUGAUACAACAUGCUGGAAGUGCAAGGGUUAAUUAGUGUUUUCUUAUUGGUGCUAUAUUCAGGGAAAUGAAGCACGUGUGGAGUCUUAUGACCUAGUUUGUCUCUGUGUACAGGAAAUCCUGUAAUGCUGUCAGAGCUGGUACAGGUGUGACAGCAAUACCUCCUGUACAAUACGGUUGUAAGGCCCCUCUUUUUUUCAAUCUAUGCUCACUCUGGUCUCUGAAUAAAGGGUUUUACCACCUACGA